UAAACCGCAAUACAUUACAAGAAGGUUUAUUUAGCAGCGUGAGUGAGUUGAAAUUCUGCGACUAUUAAAUGCGAUAAUCAGCUCUCAGGCAGAGUAAAGACAGCACCAUGUUGAAGAUUUCUAAACUUGACAUUAAUUUGCCACUGGAGCUGGUAAAGACAUGUGCAGCACUGGCAGACAGCCAGCUGUGCAAGUUUGUGGCCACAAACGAAGAAGGAGAGUUUCAACACAGCAUUGAGGUAAAAAAUAAAGAAGAUGGUGUCAUAUCUUUGGAGCUCUCAAACCUUGAGAUAGGAUACGAAAGUGGGCGAUUUGUUGCCCAGAUCAUGAAAGUGUUUCAGGUAUUCCAAGGAACUAUUGGUGCUCCACAGAAUUACACAUCCCAACAUGAUCCUUCCCAAGACUCAGCUUUGAAGCCAUCAGCAGAUGGCGCAGUGCAAACAGGAUGGGCAGGGGUCAAAGCAGGCCACCCAACAUCCAGUUCUUUUGUAGACUUAACAGAGUCCAGUGAGAAAAGGAUUGUUAGUGAUAAAGAUACAAACAGUCACAGGUCUAUUCAGACUAUACCUACACCUAUUACCAUUCAAGACAAUGCAAAGUUGGAGAAUAGAUUCAAUGAAGUAGGCAAUAAUUCCAGGACCAGUGAAGGGGAGGCCUCUUCAACAGUCUCCCCAGUGCAUCUUUACAAAAACCUGUGUGCUAAGAGACCAGCUUCAAGUUCUAUAAAAGGACAAGAGACGAUGCCACUAAAACGUCCAUGCACUUUGCCACAGCCAAGUGAUACAAUCACAGAGGUGGACAUUCAUGAGACCCCGGAAUCACACGGGGAAGACUCACAAUCCAAUGAUAAUAAAGACAUAGCUCUGAACACAAAGCUCAUUUGCAGUAUACAGGAUACAGUGGAAGUCAAACAAGAGUUAGUAGAUAUUGACAUUGGUUCAGUGAUGCAACAUGUAGAUGUACCAGCAGGAUUUGAAAGUAGUAGUGUGUCUAGUAAUCAGCCAAUGUGGUCAAUGCAGCCGCGUGAACACAGCAAUCAAAUCCCACCAAUGAUACCUACCUGGCAACACUCACUAGAUGGCAGUCAUAGUCAAGAUAUGCCUUCAACAUCUGUGCAACCUUCUGCUAGGGGUAAAAAUAUGUUGGCAGAAACUGUUAGCCAGGCAAGACACAACAAGACACCCAAUUUGCAGAAAUGUGUGACAAGAAUUCUUGGACAUUAUGGCCCUGUUGUUUUUACUCGUUCAAUUCAGCAGUCUUUGAGGAUGGUAAGGGCAGAUGAACUGAAGGAGUGUAUGCUCUAUAUGGAAGCAGAGGGUCUUGGUAAAUAUUUAAAGAUCGGCCCCUGGGGAACUUCUGUAUUUGUCAAAAGGAUGCCACAUGGCCAGAUCACCUGGUGCCAGAAGCAUGGCAUCUCUGCUGAUAUAUACACAAGGAAAUACUCCAUGGUGAAGACUUUACCUCCUAGAAUCAAAGAGAGUCUCAUCGAGGCGUGUAGGAGUGAGCUGGGAAAUGAGUAUGGAGAUAUAUUAGAAAGACUUACGAGAUCUUCAGACAUAAAAUAUCCAAAACAUAAAAAGUGACAUUUUAAAGCAAAUGUCAGGGACUUUUUUGUUUGCUAAGGGUCUCCCAGAAAAAAAUAUCAAUUUCUCAGAAUGUAGGAUUCAACAUGGAAAUGUACACCUGUAAUUACUUUUAAGUAAUUAAAAUUGAUUAAAAUUCUUUUCCCAACACAUUGCCUCCCUCCUCCAGAGGGAAAUUGAUGUUGAUUGAGCGCUGCUGUGAGGGUUUUGAACCUUAUGCUGAUGUUGUGUCAAGUGUUUAACCAUGAAUGUGGAAAUCUUCGAGAACUUCAAACUGAACUCUGAGUGUCACACCUAACACAAUUACAAUCCACCGCCACUUGAGGAGGUUCUUCUUUGCAAUCAGUUUUUAUUAUCAUGUGAUUCAUGUUACUCAGAAAAUAAUUCCUGUAUUAUCAAAUGUGCAGCAGAGUAUUUAUAUCGAAUACAUGUAAUGGAAAAAAUAGAUGUUGUCACCCAGUGCAUGCUUUAGUUAUAUGUUAAUAUCAAAAUUAAUGGCAAAAUUUAAUUUCCGUU